CAGUCUCGCGAGUGCAGGAGUGGCGUGUGUAUUGUUUUUAUAAUUAUAUAUUUCUCCUGCUUUUUUUUUUUUUAAGUGUAUUGAAAAAUAUUGAAUCCGUGCUGUGUAUUAUUUAGUGUUGCAUGCUUUGCGUCACAUCAUGAUUGCAUUAUCCUAUGGAUAACGGCAUGUUAUCUCGGGCGUUCGAGCGUAUUUGAUUUAAGAUUUAAGAAAGGAAAUAAUGGGUACAUGGCGGGCAUCAGUGGCCUGGGUGGGCGUUCUAGCGGGCUUGAUGUUGCUACUCCUUGCCGAAGUCCACGGUCGGUCCCACAAUCCUCUCGUGAGGGAAGUCUUCUCGACGAAAUGGAAGAAGAUUGCUGAAACACGGACUCUUCACCCGGCCAACUUGACGGCGCUGGAAAUUCUCGAAGAGAUGGAGGAGGAACACUUCAGUAUACGAGUCGUUAUUAACAAGAGACAUAUGACAAUAUACAGGGACGAUCAAGUGGUGUACGAAAAGAUCGGAGUGUACAAUGGAUAUUACAUCACCCACACCGGCAUGCACGUGGUGGUACUGCACCCUUCCCGCGGCCACGUGAUGCUCGCCAGGCAGUUCCUGACGCAUGAGCCUUCUGAAGACAGGAACCUGGUGGCGUGUCUCGACUCCGUCAUGCCGGGAAAUAUCCUCAUUGUGGUGGCGGUGCCCGAUGCGGUCAUGUUCCUGGGCCCCAUCGCCGUGGCCCGCCUGGAGGAGAUGGGCGCCUCCAGAAUCCGCUAUCUCGCCCGACACGAAACCUGGGUCAUGGUGGCUCACACGCCCACACGCCCUUACAGGCCGCCGCGUUUCUAUCCAGUACUCAAACCGAACGUCACUAAACCAGCGGUUCCAUUAGGAAGGGUCUGGGGUGAGAGUUUGACCCUCCGUCGCCUGAUCGUUAAUGGUACCACUUCACCUGUGGAUAUGGCAACGUAUGUCCCCAAAUUUGAAGCCGCCAAGUGUGCGUGGCACCAGGAAGCCGCCAUGUUGGAUCAGCGCAAAUUCUGCGAUAGUUACGAUGGCUAUAUCCGCCUCUGCAGGUGCCGUGACCCGGUUACUUCCUCCCUCAGGUACUCUGCUCCGAAGAUCGAGAUGCGCGAAGUCAUCCCCGUGGCUAUGCUGACAGCCAUCAAACCUUUCAACUUCUACAGACAGCUUCUGAACCUCCUCGAGACGCCAGGAGCAGCCCAGACGCCCAUUCUUGUUCUCAUAGACGGACCUCAGAAGGAGAUUAUCCGCUUAGCGAAGUUGUUCGGGUUGGACGUGCUGAUCCACCGACCUCAGGGCGAGAAGGGCAGCACUACACUCCUGAAUAUGCAUUUCCGCUUCUCCGUUCACAACGUGUUCAACUUCUUCCCAGGAGUCGACAAGGCUAUCAUCUUGGAAGACGAUUUGCUGCUCUCGCCAGAUUUCUUAUCCUAUUUCCAACAAACGGCCUGGCUCCUGGACGCAGAUCCUACCAUCUCGCACGUCAACGCUUUCUCAACCAACAGCUAUCCUGACGUCGCCUACGAUCCCGCAGUCCUCAGGAGGAUCGAGAUGUUCCCCCAGUUCGGCUGGAUGGUGAAGCGAAACUGGGCGCAGGAUAUAUUUCAGUUCUGGGUCUCUGAAAAUGAAACAGCUGACUGGGACUGGUGGCUUUCGGGAGCAAGGCAGCGUCAGGGGAGGGACGCACUGCUGCCCGAAGUGAGCAGGACCUUCCACGCAGGAGCAGCAGGAGCCCACGUGACGGGGUGGGCGCAGGAACACCUCUUCAAUAACAUGAUCUUCAACCAGGAUCCUCAUGUCAGGCUCAAAGGGCUCAAUGACCUGACAAAGGAUCGAUACGAAAAGAAGAUUCGGCGAGACAUUGAACGGGCUGUUCCUCUUAGCUUGACAAAGUCACCUUGCGAUGGCCCGAUUCUCCCGGCCAACCAUCCUGGGCCCUUCAAGAUCUUCGUGGAGGCGCGGACCAAUAACGACGAAUAUGACAGCUUUUUUGUAAUGCAAACGUGCCUCCAUGGUUACAUUCAGGACACGAGAGAGAUGUUUCGUGGGACCUUGAGAUACAACCUGAAGGGGCGUUUCCUGUACGUCGUGGGUUGUCCUAUGUCUCCCUUUUGCGAAUCGAAAAUCUGGGUUAAUCUCCUGAGGCCUUCUGUUGAACUCGUCAACAUGGCCAGUGAUCAAGUCUAUCCUUGGCAGAUUCAGAACUAUCCGCCGUACUAUCUGGAACGCUUCCCUGCGGUCUUUCCCGAAGAAGAAUUUCAUAUGCAGAACCUCCUCUAUGUUUACCAUAACGGCACCCGUGUGUUUAACAAGAAAAUUGCGAGUGUUAACUGAAAGAGAGAAAGACAGAUAAGAAGAGGAAGAACAAGGAGAAGAAUGAAAAAGGUGAAGCUAUGCUGCGAGCUGAAGCGUCAUUAAUAUCCUUCAUUUCAGGUAAUUAUUUAUGAAAAGGCGAAACCGGAGAGGAUUUUCUAUGAUGUGAGAAUUACGUUUAAAAUCUCAACAAUUUUGGAAGAUUACUGGCAACCUGGUUAACGAAAAAUAAAUGUAUAUAUCAGUUA